AUUGCUUGACCUAACCUUAUAAAAGUAUCAAAGAAAUUAAGAAACACGAAGAGAUCGACUAACAAAAAUAUCUAUUACAGAGAAUUAAGGGCUUUUUGCUGCAGCAUUAAUGGAGGCCUCCGCAUAUGGACAAGUUUCACCAGCAGUUCCUUCAUGGCUAAACAAAGGAGACAAUGCAUGGCAAAUGAUAGCAUCAAUUCUGGUUGCCACCCAGAGCAUGCCAGGGCUUGUCAUACUCUAUGCCAGCAUAGUCAAGAAGAAAUGGGCUGUAAACUCUGCCUUCAUGGCCCUUUACGCCUUCGCUGCUGUCCUCAUUUGCUGGGUGCUUUUAUGCUACCGAAUGGCCUUCGGCGAUGAACUCCUCCCCUUCUGGGGCAAGGGUGCUCCAGCUUUAGGCCAAAAGUAUCUAAUAGCCCAAGCCAGGAUCCCUGAAAGCACGCAUACACAUGAAGAUGGAACAAGGGAAACUGUUGCGCCUUUGUAUCCAAUGGCCACACUUGUGUACUUCCAAUUUACUUUUGCUGCUAUUACCCUCAUUUUGCUUGCUGGUUCUGUUCUCGGCCGCAUGAAUAUUAAAGCUUGGAUGGCUUUUGUCCCUCUAUGGCUCAUAUUCUCCUACACUGUUGGUGCUUUUAGUCUAUGGGGCGGUGGAUUUCUUUAUCAUUGGGGUGUCAUUGAUUACUCCGGCGGCUAUGUUAUUCACCUCUCCUCUGGAAUUGCAGGGCUGACAGCAGCUUAUUGGGUCGGACCGAGGCUAAAAACUGACAGGGAGAGAUUUCCUCCUAACAAUGUGUUGCUGAUGCUUGCGGGUGCUGGCCUAUUGUGGAUGGGCUGGUCAGGAUUCAAUGGCGGUGCACCCUAUGCAGCAAAUAUCGAUGCUUCGAUGGCGAUGUUGAACACUAAUGUAUGUGCAGCAACAAGUCUGCUUGUAUGGACAUCUCUGGAUGUUGUAUACUUUGGGAAGCCAUCGGUGAUAGGAGCUGUCCAGGGCAUGAUGACAGGACUAGUUUGCAUCACUCCAGGAGCAGGACUGGUUCAAUCUUGGGCGGCUAUAGUGAUGGGAAUACUUUCUGGUAGCAUUCCGUGGGUGUCUAUGAUGAUACUGCACAAGAAAUUUGCCCUGCUUCAAAAGGUGGAUGAUACACUAGGUGUCUUUCACACACAUGCAGUAGCUGGGCUCUUGGGUGGACUUCUAACUGGUCUUUUAGCAGAGCCAGAACUCUGUGACCUUAUACUGCAAGUGAAUACAAGAGGUGCAUUUUAUGGUGGAAAUGGCGGGGUGCAAUUCUUGAAGCAAAUGGUUGCAGCCCUUUUUGUUAUAGGUUGGAACAUAGUGUCAACAACGCUAAUCCUUCUGUUUAUAAGGUUGUUUAUACCACUGAGAAUGCCGGAGGAGCAACUUGCAAUCGGAGAUGAUGCAGUUCAUGGAGAGGAAGCUUAUGCUUUAUGGGGUGAUGGAGAAAAAUAUGAUCCGUCUAAGCACGGUAGGAUUACCUCCUUGUUUGGAGAGGAAACAACACAGUCUCCGUAUGUCAAUGGCGCAAGAGGUGUAACCAUAAAUUUGUAAGCUAGAUGCCUGCAUACACCAGCAUACUUGGAGCAUUUGAUUUCUUUGUAUAUAUUAGUCCAUAGUCUGAUUUGUACGUAGAAUUUUGAUGUUUCUAAAUUGUGUUGCCUAUUUCUAGAGUUGCAUAGCAGCUUAAUUAAUGUGAGUAAGAGGACAAUAACAGCUGAACGAGGAUGAUUUACAGAGAGAAAAUUAUUUUUCUCAGUUAUUAUUAUUUAGUUUAUGAAAUUAAUAAUUUUAUUUUUA